GAAGAAAUGGAAAGAAGCAAAAGAAGAAGAAGCAUGGAGAAAGGGAGUGAGUUAAGGUCAAUUUUCCUUCCCUUUCUUUCCACUAGUCACAUAAUCCCGCUAGUGGACAUGGCCAGACUCUUCGCCCUACACGGCGUCGACGUCACCAUAAUCACCACCCCUCAAAACGCCACCGUUUUCCAAAAGUCCAUCGACCUCGACGCCACCCGGGCCCGGCCCAUCAGAACCCACCUCGUCAACUUCCCCGCCGCCAAAGUGGGCCUCCCGCCGGGCAUCGAGGCCUUCAACGUCGACCUCCCCCGCGAGAUGGCUCCAAAAAUCUACAUGGGCCUCGCCAUCCUCCAACAGGAAUUCGAACAACUCUUCCACCACCUUAAACCCGACUUCAUCGUCACCGACAUGUUCCACCCUUGGACCGUCGACACCGCCGCCAAACUAGGCAUUCCUAGGAUCAUGUUCCACGGCGCAAGUUAUCUCGCUCGCUCCGCUGCGCAUUCCGUGGAACAGUACGCGCCCCAUUUGAAAGCUGAUUCUGAUUCCGACAAGUUUGUGUUACCAGGAUUACCAGACGCGUUGGAAAUGACGCCGUUGCAGUUACCAGAUUGGCUUAGGUCUCCGAACCAGUACACGGAGUUGAUGAAAACGAUUAAGGAGUCGGAGAAGAAAAGCUAUGGCUCGUUGUUCAACAGUUUUUACGAGCUGGAAAGUGGUUACUACGAGCAUUAUAAGAAGGUUAUGGGAACUAAGAGUUGGGGGAUUGGACCGGUUUCGUUGUGGGCGAAUCAGGAUGCUUCGGAUAAAGCUGCAAGAGGGUAUUCGAAAGCAGAAGAAGAAAAAGAAGGGUGGCUUACGUGGCUGAAUUCAAAACCGGCAAGUUCUGUGCUUUACGUGAGUUUCGGGAGCAUGAACAAGUUUCCUUACUCUCAGCUUGUGGAAAUCGGACGUGCGCUUGAAGAUUCGGGGAGUGAUUUUAUCUGGGUGGUGAGAAAGAACGAGAACGAGAACGAUGGAGAUGUUUUUCUGGAGGAGUUUGAGAAGAGAGUGAGGGAGAGUGGAAGAGGGUAUCUGAUAUGGGGUUGGGCGCCGCAGUUGUUGAUUCUGGAGAAUGCGGCCAUUGGAGGGUUGGUUACUCACUGCGGUUGGAACACGGUGGUGGAGAGCGUGAACGCGGGGUUGCCGAUGGUGACGUGGCCUCUGUUUGCGGAGCAUUUUUUUAAUGAGAAGCUGGUGGUGGAUGUGUUGGGGAUUGGGGUUCCGGUGGGGGCCAAGGAGUGGAGGCAGUGGAACGAGUUUGGGAGUGAGGUGGUGACGAAGGAGGAGAUUGGAAAGGCGAUUGCGUUGUUGAAGGAAGAUGAGGAAAUUAGGAAGAGAGCCAAGAAGCUUAGCGAUGCGGCCAAGAGGGCCAUUCAGGUUGGUGGGUCUUCGCAUAAUAACAUGAGAGAGUUGAUUCAGGAGCUCAAAGAGAUCAAACUUUCCAAGGCUCAAGCAAAUCCUUGAGAACCAUUCUUCCUCUCUUUUGAAUGAGAACACAAUUUAGGCAAUUUCUUUUUGUGCAAGUUCUAUUUAGUGGGCAUUAAUGUUCUUUUUAUAAGGGUCAUUCAAAUAAUAUCAUGUGUGAUUUUUAUUAAAUUUAUUAUUUUAUAAGCAAGUUUUAAUUUUUGCUAA